GAUGUCAUAUGAUGUCCUACCAUUCUCACUGCGCGUGCGCGGCUCAGGGAGCGUGCAGCACGGCGAUUGCCGUGCGACACAGCGGAUCACAAAAAGAGCCGAAGAUCUGUGUCCAAUCAGAGCUGAUCACAUGGGACAUGUACACUGAUCAUCAGGGCACUGAUGAUCAGUGUGCCCUGAUGAUCAGUGUGGCCCCAGAAGUGCCACCUGUCAGUGCUCAUCAGUGCCAGUGCCCAUCAGUGCCACGUGCCAGUGCCCAUCAGUGCCACAUCAAUGCCACAUAUCAGUGCCCAUCUGAGCUGCCUUUCAAUGUCACACAUCAGUGCCAGUCAGUGCCGCUAAUCAGUGCCACCUAUCAGUGCCAGUCAGUGCCGCCUAACAGUGCCAGCCAGUGCUGCCUAUCAGUGUCAUAUAUCAGUGCUGCCUUUCAGUGCCUAUCAGUGAUGCCUGUCAAUGCCCAUCAGUGCAACCUACCAGUGCCUCCUCAUCAG